AUGAAAGAGGACAAUUUCGGCAAGCCUGAUGAUGUCCUGACUGCUGCUGAGAAAUACAUAGAAGAAAAUGGGCCAGAAGCCUUUGAGAGGCUAAUUGCUAGGCAUGGUUGGAGUGUGGAUCACUCACCAAAGCCAAUGUCGACCCUGAGAGCAUUUGGUCUCCCUCCCUAUGGCGAUGCCCGGCGGAUCGACGCCUGGGUCGACCGUGGUCAUGACCGGAGCGAGGGUGACGGGAGGGUUUUCGAGCAUACUAGGGUGUGCGAUGUUGUUCACGGCCCGUCCCCUCCGCCGGCUACCACAUACACAGCCACUUACCGCCGCCGGACUCAUCCAACCACCGACAAUCGCCGUCUUCACUGUCCCGCCGACCACCUCCGCCACCCUCCGCGACGAGCACGACUGAAGUUCCAGCUGAACCUCCACCAACUCCGCCCUCUCUCCCUGCACACACAGACACAAAUACACAUAGUACCAUCCAACACCGUCGACCGCCAUCCAACCCAACCCGGAUCCGCCAUUCCCCGACUUCUCCGGCGGCCGCAAACUCCAUCGCCGCACCUGGCGCUCAUCAGGGGCCACUCCGCCCGCCAGAAAAUCGCAUCUUGUCCCUUACCCUCUCCAAUCAAAGCCGCCGCCGGAAACCGCGUCUUCUCCUCCGCCCACCGCCCCCAAAACUCCGAUUACUGCUCCAAUCAACGCCGCCUUCUACCUCUGGAGGCUGAAAUUCGGCCACCCAUGGAGAAACUCACCGACGCCGCCGUUGAUCUCAGUUAA